GAAGUUCAGACUGAGAUCUAGCCAACUCUUCAUUCGUGCCCCGGUGGAUCGAAACAGGAAAAAACAAAGGGUUGAGGAAGUAAAAGGUUGCCUAAUAUGCCGGUGUAUACAGUAAAUGUGAAAUGGGGCAAAGAGAAGUUUGAUGCAGUAGAGCUGAACACAGAGGAACCUCCCAUGGUCUUCAAGGCUCAGCUCUUUGCCCUGUCAGGAGUUCAGCCCGACAGACAGAAGGUCAUGGUGAAGGGAGGCACUCUGAAGGAUGAUGAAUGGGGAAACAUUAAACUUAAAAAUGGAAUGACCCUCCUGAUGAUGGGCUCAGCAGAAGCCCUCCCUGAGGAGCCCGCCGUCCGGCCCAUGUUUGUAGAAGACAUGACUGAGGAGCAGCUGGCCUCAGCGUUGGAGUUGCCCUGUGGGCUGACGAACCUGGGCAACACCUGCUACAUGAAUGCCACAGUGCAGUGCCUGCGCUCUGUGCCAGAGCUCAAAACUGCACUUAGGAGGUAUGCAGGUGCUCUGCGAUCUUCAGGAGCAAGUGCCCCAUCCCAAUACAUCACGGCAGCCCUUCGUGACUUGUAUGAGACCAUGGAGAAGACCUCCUCCAGCCUGCCACCCAUCAUUUUGCUGCAGUUCCUUCACAUGGCCUUUCCACAGUUCGCUGAGAAGGGGGACCAGGGACAGUACCUCCAGCAGGAUGCCAACGAGUGCUGGCUGCAGAUGAUGAGAGUGCUUCAGCAGAAGUUGGAGCCACUAGAGCCCGAGACUCCCAUGGAGACCGAGUCUGAGAGCGCAGCUGCCUCUGCCUCCACGAAGAAGAACCUCAUUGACCAGUACUUCGGUGUAGAAUUCGAAACCUCUAUGAAAUGCACAGAGGCUGAGGACGAGGAGCCAAUCAAAGGCAAGGAAAACCAGCUCCAGCUCAGCUGCUUCAUCAACCAAGAAGUCAAAUACCUUGCAACAGGACUAAGACUGAGACUGCAGGAAGAAAUCACAAAAAUGUCUCCAUCCUUGGAAAGAAAUGCCAUGUAUAUAAAAUCUUCGAAACUCAGCCGUCUCCCUGCCUACUUGACUGUUCAAAUGGUGCGGUUUUUCUACAAAGAGAAGGAGUCCGUCAAUGCUAAAGUGCUUAAGGAUGUCAAGUUCCCGCUCAUGUUGGAUGUCUACGAGCUGUGCACCGCGGAGGUCCAGGAGAAAAUGCUCCCCAUCAGGUCAAAGUUCAAGAUGGUCGAGGACAAGAAGCUAGAGAAUGCGCAGAAACAGGUGGUGAAGAAACCGGAUGGAGUUGCAGAAAAAAUGAAAUAUGAGCCCUUCUCCUUCCCUGAUGACCUGGGCUCCAACAACAGCGGCUACUACGACCUGCAGGCUGUGCUCACACACCAGGGCCGCUCCAGCUCCUCAGGCCACUACCUGGGCUGGGUCAAGAGGAAAGAAGAUGAGUGGGUGAAGUUUGACGACGACAAGGUGAGCCUGGUCACCCCCGAGGACAUCCUGCGGCUGUCCGGCGGGGGGGACUGGCAUAUAGCGUACGUUCUUCUGUACGGCCCCCGCAGGCUGGAAAUCCUCCAAGAGGAUCAGUAGCUGUGGAAGACAUCCUCCAAGACAAAGACAACGAGUACAAAAUGCCAUUUCCAAGCACUGUCUGCAUAGAUGUGCAAUAAAACUGGUGUCUUUAAAGAUUUGAUGACCUUAAUUUUUUUUGUUUGUUUUUGUAACCAACACAGAUGCUUGUAAAAAAACAAAUUCUGUCAAAAGGUGUUAAAUAUUCAACUAUAGUGGGCUUUAAAAAUUGAGAUUUGACGAGAGGCAAUCUCUGGACUGGAUCUUUGAAAGAGGACUUUCAGUCUAGCGCUGCAGUUUCAUUAAAUGUUUUAUA